AUACGCUCACCAUUCAACCGAUGCGUCACAUAUCCAUAAGUGGUGUGCAUGUCUACUCAGUAGCUUCUAGUGAAGUGUAUACUUGAAUAUUCCUGCAUGUUUUGCGCUGACAAGGAUCGUUCAUAUUCAACCAACAGGAAAAAAAACACAGUUUUAAGAAUAAUUGGAGGAUUUACAAACAAGUCAUAUACCUAACAACUUUUGAUGUAUAAAUUCUGGAGAUAUCAUUUGAAUUAUAGUACACAAAGCUGGGCACAAACUAUUGUGCACCAUGCUUAGUGAACCUGCUUCCCCAUAUGCAUUUUGUAAAGAUUUACAAAAUUUAAUCAUUGUAACAGAAGAACAAAUCAUUUCACCUUUACGUAAAGAAUUGAAAAGAAAUGAUGAACAUUCUGAAAUUUUAUCACUUGAAAUACAAGAUGCUGAGAAUAAAACUUUUGAAUAUUUAGCUCAGCAAAUUUCAGCUAUUUGUAAUGCUGAUGAAGAUACAGCUAAUGCUAUUCUCCGUGAAUAUCCAAAAUCGGAAGUUUGUUUUCGUUGUCUCGGUAUUAAUGAUGAUACUAUACAGGGUCUCCUUCGUAUUCGUGGUAUUGGCUUUCUACAAUUGUUGGAUAUGCCUGACAGUGAAGUGAGAACAAUCUUACAAAAUUAUGGAGACUAUGGUGAAGAAGUUGAUCAUGUAUUGGCUGGUCUUGCAAAAAUACGCGGAAAUAUUGAUCUGAUCGAAAGUGACUUAGCAUUUGAAGAUGAUACUAGGAAUUUAAUCAAAUUAAUUAUGCGUUUAUCUGAGGAUGAUUCUCAAAUUGAAGAAUUAAACAAUAUUUUCAAUGUACAAACUUAUGAAGAACGAAAAGAUUCUCGUAUACCACCUCCUUUAUAUGUUACCGGUCCGGAAGAUUCUCUUUUUGUUAACAAAGAAAUUUCUGUACAAAAUUCUCCGUAUAAAAAUACCGAAAUAGUUGUUUGUUCACAUUCAGAGCAUGAUAUAUGUUGUGGAAAUCUUAUUAGUCAUUCAAAUUCUGAUCAGAUAAAUACAUUCAAAUCUGGUAGCGAUGUAAAUUACAAUAGUUGUAAUUCAUUUAUUUCUCCACAUGCUUCCAGUUGUAUCACUAUAAAUAGUUCACAAAAUAUCACAAAUAAUAAAUCUCAUUCUGGGAAGUUGUGUAAAACUGAUUUCAAAACAUUUAAUCUUUAUCCAGGUAUAUCUGAUUCAAAUAUUCCUUCAGAAAUUGAUCUACAUAACGGUAGACUUUCAGUGCCCUCUACUCCUAUCUCGCAUAAAUUAUCCUCAACUAUUUUAUCACCAUCAAAUCUAUUUAGAGCAGGUCGUUAUACAUUACCAAAUGAAGUAAUCUCACUUUCUCCAGGUGGACGUCGAGGAGGUAAUCAUUCAUCUCGAGAUCGUGAACAUCAAACUCGUCAAUCAGGAACUCCACCACCUAAACAUCGUUUAAAAUUUCCUUCUCCACUUCAUCGUAGCAAAUCUCAUGAAUCUAAUCUUGCUAAUCGUAUUAUUUUAUCUGCUCUGCCAAAUGUAUCACAUAUGUUUCAUCAAGAUACAAAUUCUGCUUGUUGUGUUAGUAGACCACAGUUAGUAUUGUACAAUUCCACUUCACCAGAUGCUUCCAGUAAUUUACAUAAUGAUUAUUUUAAUUAUUCUGAUUAUGUAAAUGGUAAUCGACCAACGAUAACUACUGCUCAAUAUGGUGGUGUAUGCAUUAACAAUGAUAUAAUGACAAAUGGAAAUAAAUCAGCGUCAACAUUUUAUCAUACUUCUUCUUCUUCCAUUAAUGAUAGUACAGCUACACUUGUUACAAGUUCACGUACCUAUGAUCAAGGUCGACGUGUAUCUUGUGAAUAUAGACCGUCAAAAACUAAUUUACAACCUUUAAUGACUGCAUCUGCAGAUAGUGAUAAUUUAUUAGGUGUCCUUAAUGUUCCAACUAAUUCAGGUGGAGCUACAUUUGUUGUUAGUGCAAGUGGAUUUAUGCAUAAAUUUGAAUUAGAAUCUAAAUUUGGUGAUUUUGUAAAAGGUACUCCAUGCGCUGUUUGUAAUAAUCGAAUGAGAUUUCGUCUACAACAUUGUGCUUAUUGCAAAAUUAAAGUACAUAAAAGUUGUGUUUCUCAUUCAAGACGACUACCUUGUACAGGACCUGCCGGUGGACAAACCAAUGAAUUACACGAUUUUAAAGGUUCUCCAAAUGCUUCACAUCGAUUGCAUGCAAAUGUAUUAACAACUAGUCAAACAAAUCUUCGUCCUGCACAUUCUACACCAGCAUUUCAAAGUUCCGAUUCAAACAGUGCUUCAUCAUGUACAAGUUCAACACCUGGUUCACCAUUUGUCACUGGUGCUGGUAGUACAUCAUUGAUCAAUAAUAGUAGUACAACAUUGGCUACAGCAUCAUAUUGUACACGUUUCGAUGGUAGUAAUAAUAAUAUUAAUAUUACUACUAAUACUACUAAUAAUAGUAGUAUAAGUGGUACAACUAGUCAAUUCAUUUCAUUAUCUUCACCUCCAGCAAGAAAUUUCAAUAAAAAUAAUAAUAAUAAUAAUACUAGUACUACUACUAAUAGUAGUAUUAGUAGUAGUAGUGGUGUCGGUGUUGGCGCUGGUUGUCUAUUUAAUCAUUCCAAUUCAAGUCAUUUAUCUUCACCAGUUAGUAUACAUACACCACAACAUCAACAACAACAACAACAGCCACAUUCUCCUCGACAUUCCGGUCAAUGUUUCAAUCAUUUUGAAUUUCCAAAUGUCAAUCAUCCCAUUAUGGAAAAUCAAUUGGUUGAUGGAAAUUUAAAUAUUAAUAAUAAUAGUAAUAAUAUAAUUAUUAGUAAUAAUAAUCAUAGUAAUAAUAUUACUAAUAAUAAUAAUAGUAUUACUAUUAUUAAUGAUAACAAUCAUGCUUUAAUUAGUACUGUUUCAUCUGGAGAAAGUGAACAGACUGUUGUUGAUAAUGCGGUACGUCGUUUUGAAUCAAUGGAUAGUCAAGACGAAUCAUCUUUAAUGAGAACUAAUAGUAUAUCAGUAACAUUAAAAGAAUGGGAUAUACCAAUGGAGAAUUUAUUUAUUGGUGAAAUUAUUGGUCGUGGUACAUUUGGCACUGUAUAUCGUGGUAAAUGGCAUGGUGAAGUAGCUAUUAAACGUAUUGAUUUUGAUCCAGAAGAUGUUGACGAUUCAAUACGUGUUGAAGCAUUUAAACGUGAAGUUGCAUUAUUGCAUAAAACACGUCAUGAAAAUUUAGUACUGUUUAUGGGUGCUUGUAUGAAAGCACCAGAUUUAGCGAUUGUUACACAACUUAGUCGAGGUGAAACAUUAUAUCAUUUAAUUCAUGAUCGUGAUACCAUAAUGCCAAUUAAUCGUACUAUCAGUAUAGCUAGUCAAAUAGCUAAAGGUAUGGGUUAUUUACAUGCAAAAGGCAUAGUACAUCGUGAUUUAAAAACACGAAAUUUAUUUUUAGAAGAUAAUUCACGUGUUGUUAUUGGUGAUUUUGGUGUAUUCAAUUUUGUACGAUUAUGUAAAAAAGCAAAAUGGGGCAAUAAUUAUUUAAAUGUUCCACCAUUUUGGUUAUGUUAUGUUGCACCGGAAAUAAUUCAUACACUAAAUAUUAGUUAUGUAUUGACUACAACCACAAAUGAAUUACCAUUAACUACAUCGUCAGAUGUAUUUGCAUUUGGUACUGUAUGGUAUGAAUUAUUAACUAAUGAAUAUCCAUUCAAAGGAUUACCUGCUGAAGCAAUCACCUAUUUAGUUGGACAUGGUGUUAAACCAAAUCUACGUAUUCAAUGUCCUAAAGAUUUUAAAGAAAUUCUUGUUCAAUGUUGGGCAUAUAGUCCUUGUAAACGUCCAGAAUUUACUACAUUAGUUAAAUUAUUAGAUCGUCUCCCAAAAUUACAUCGUAGUCCAUCAUAUCCAGCUAAACCAUAUACUGGUGUAGCAUCCGGUUCACAUGGCAGUUUAUUGGCUUAACGAAUCAAACACGCACACACACACAACAAAACAACAGUAUUUAUCAUCUGUGAUGUCUCUCUUUUUGAGAUUAUUAUUAUUGUUGUUCGUGUACCAGUAAAUACUAUGGAGAACUUUGACAAGAUAAUGAAUUUUAAUAAAAUUGAACUAACUACUUUCUUGUUCAUCUCCGAUGAAACAUAUACGCGCACACCCCACCGACCCCCCCCCCACACACAUACACUCACACAUGUACAUGCACACACUGGCGCACGCUAAAUGAUCAAAACAAACUGGACAAUGUAAGCGCUCCUCAUGCUAGAUGUACUACAACACUUCAAGAUCCUAAUCACACCCCCCACCCCAACCUCAUUUCAGUGCUGUUUUGUUCUUUUUUCUCCGCUCUCAUUUUGUUUACCAUGAAAACGACGAAGCAUUUCUUGUUGUUGUAGUGGCUGUUGUUCUGUCUUUUGAUAAACAAAACCAUUAUUUAUUUACACUUUAAAAACAUCAUUGUUCCCCUGUUUUUUGGUGUUAUUUCUUCUGUUCAAUAUGAAUUGCCACCACCCCCGCGCCCGCCCCGCCACGCGUUUUCUUUUUUUCUUUGUCAACUAGUCUUUCAUUUCUAUUUGAUAUACACAAACUCUCCACACACACACACUCCAGUGAUCCACAGCCAACCGACCAUUUAGGAUUUGUACAAAAGACGAGAAAUAUACAUAUAUAUUAUCAUAUUUGAUGUCUAUGUUAAAAAAAAACUGGAAUGAAUAUAUAUACAUGUUGUAUUAUUGUGAUUAUGUGAUCAUCAUCAUCAUCAUCAGUGUUAAUAAUUUUUUUUUUCAAAAAAUGUAAAAUGGUAUUCUAAUUGUUGUUGUGCUCAUUGUAAGAUGAAGUCAUAAUAAUAGUAGAAGUCAUAGUAGAAGUAGUAGUAGCGAUAAGUGAGUAGUGUGAUAUGUAAGUUUCUUUGUUUGUUUGUUUGCAAAAAAUGAACAUGGAUGAACAUGAUGUAUUUAUUUACUAAUUAUCGAUUAAGAUAAUUUUUUGUACAAAUAAAAUUUUAAUUUUUUUU